AUGAAGCAAGACGAGGUUGAUGGAGACGAUUAUGAUGCUCACAACAUCAACUCUGAAAAAGAAAACAGAGAAAAAUUGGCAAAGAGUCCGGUGGUCGAAUUGGUUAAGACGGGAGAUCUUUUCCACAACAAAAAAGUUUUGAAAGCGAGGUUUGAGUUAUGUGAAAUGAAGCAUAACUUUCACUACACAGUUACCAACUCCAAUAAAUCACUUUGGUGUAUUAGAUGCGCUGAUAAGGUGUGCUUUUGGGGUGCUCGAGCAGAGUGUUUGAAGGGCUCCACAUAUUUUAUUAUUAAGAAGUAUGUCGGUGUACAUUCCUGCGCACCUUCAAGAAAAACCAGUGCCGUAAAGAUAGCUUCAGCGAAAACGAUAGGCGGUCUGAUCAUGCAUAAAUAUGAAGGUAUCAAGGAAGGGCCUAAAGUGAAAGAUAUUGUUCAGAUUAUGCAUAAUGAUUAUGGAUGUGAGAUCUCUGAUUCUUUAGCAUGGGAUUCCCGUGAAUAUGCAGUCAACGCUGUUAGAGGUAUUCCAGAGGAAAGUUAUGGGAAAAUACCAAAAUACUUGCACAUGCUGCGAGAGGCCAAUCCGGGUACACAUUCCUCUUAUGAGACUGACAUCAAUGGUAGAUUUCGAUAUAUGUUUAUAACGUUUGGCCAAUCGAUCAGAGGCUUUAGCAAAGUCAUGAGGCGUGUCAUUGUUGUCGAUGGAACAUUCUUGAAGAGUAAAUUCAAAGGGGUGCUACUGGUUGCAACUGCUAUAGAUGGAAAUUUAAAUUUAUAUCCUAUUGCAUUUGAGAUAGUAGACUCUGAGAAUGAACAGUCUUGGGAAUUGUUUAUGAGACAAUUAAAAGUUGUUGUUGCUGAUGAUAAUGGUUUGGCUUAUAUUUCCGAUAGACAAGUGUCAAUAGCGAAGGCACUGGAGAAAGUGUAUCCGCUAGCAAGACAUGGUAUUUGUAUUCAUCAUUUGUUGAAUAAUGUGAUAUCAUAUUUCAAGGGGAAGGGAUUAGCUGGGUUGAUUUCUAAGGCUUCGAAGGCUUAUAGAGUGGUUGAUUUCAAGAAGACGUUUGCUCAUGUUUGCAAUAUCAGUCCAGCAAUUGGAAAUUAUCUUAUGGAAGCGGAUGUCAAAAAGUGA